CUCAACUCAUUUAGAUUUGGGUCUCUUGGUGAGCGCUCUUGGUAAGCAUUGAUCUUUAAAAAGGAGAUCAAUAAUCCAAGGAGACCACUACAUUGACAUGCUAAACGAAGGAGAGAAUGUAGGGAUAGAGUUUCUUCAUUCAAAGCAGCUUCUUUCAGGUUUAAAUCAACUGAGACAGCGACGUGAACUUUGUGAUGUGGAGCUGUGUGUUGGUAAUGUUCAAGUGUUGGCCCAUCGUGUUGUACUCUCAGCUUGUAGCGCUUAUUUUGAUGCAAUGUUUACUGGCAACCUGUCUGAGAGUCAAAAACAAGUCAUUUGUAUCAAGGAAAUCGAUGAAGUUGCUUUAAAAAUCCUCGUAGAUUUUGCAUAUACUGGCAAAGCCGAGGUCAAUCAACACAAUGUCCAACUUUUACUCCCAGCUGCCAAUAUGCUACAACUUACUAAAGUUAAAGAAGCGUGUUGUAGAUUUUUAGCUAAACAACUACAUCCUAGUAACUGCUUAGGCAUUGCUAAGUUUGCAGAGACAUAUUCUUGUUAUGGUUUGGUAAAAAAAGCCAAAAGGUUUGUACAAGAUAACUUCAGCUAUGUCAUUCAACAAGAAGAAUUUGUACUAUUGCCGUUCAACCAACUGCUUGAACUUGUAAAAGACGAUAACUUGAACGUACCAUCAGAACAAGUCGUUUUUGAAGCUGUUAUUUCGUGGGUGAAAUAUAGGAUUUUAGAGCGGGGACCCUAUCUAGCUAGUUUACUCCAAGCAGUUCGUCUUUCGCUGUUAACUGUACGAUUUCUUAACAAAUGUUUUGAAUCAAACGAGUUGAUAAAAUCAGACCGUAAAUGUCAGAAUCUAAUAAACAAUGCUCUAAAACAUCGUCUGAUGCCAGCUAAAAGACAUUCCUUUGAGCAAGGCAACCAAACCCAGAGACGUCCAGUUUCUCGUAUUUAUGCGCUUGGAGGAAAAAAUGGGUUGUUUGCGACUUUAAGUAGCGUAGAGUUAUAUGAACCACUGAAAGAAAGAUGGCGGGAAGUAACUCCUAUGAACAUGAGACGAUUCGAGUUUGGAGCUGCUUUUUUAAAUGGAAAACUGUAUGCAGUUGGCGGGUUAGUGUGUGGAAUGGGUUUACACAGUAGUACUAGUACACCCUUGAGGUACUGUGAUAACAGUGUGGAGUGCUAUGAUCCUGAUAAAGCAGAAUGGACAGUAAUGACACCCAUGCACCAGUCUCGCAGCAAUCAUUGUGUGCAAGCACUAGAUGAGUAUCUCUAUGCUCUAGGAGGAUAUGAUGGUACAACCUACCUAAAUACUGUGGAAUGUUAUGAUGCCAAAUCAAAUGAAUGGAAACACUGUGCACCCAUGAAGUUUAGUCGCAGUUGUUUUGCAACAGCAGUUGCAGAUGGCUUCCUGUAUGCGUUAGGUGGAUAUGGACCUUCAUACCUCAGUACUGUAGAGCGUUAUGACUCGGAAACUAACACCUGGGAAAUGAUGGCUGCUAUGAGUACAAAUAGGAUAAACUUUGGUGUGGGUGUUAUUUCUGGUUGUCUUUUUGUAGUCGGUGGUCAUAAUGGUGUAUCCCAUCUUAGAAGUGUAGAAUGUUUUGAUCCUAUCUCUAAUGAAUGGACAAUGGUUGCUCCAAUGAAUAAACCAAGAACUGGACUUAGUGUUUCUGUACUCAAUCAACUGCUGUAUGCUGUAGGAGGGCAUGAUGGAUGUGGAUAUCUUAAUAUUGUUCAGUGUUACAAUCCUCGUACCAAUGCCUGGCAUAAUGCUGCACCAAUGAUUUCAAGUAGAUGUAGUUUUGGAAUUGCAGCCAUGUAGUCUGACAAGUUUCUACCUUAAUUAAUAGAUGGUAUGUAUCACCACAUUAUAUAUUUUAUUUAAAAAACAAAUAUUUUAAAAAACAAAAUGGAUUUGAAAGCUAUUACUUAAAUAUCAAUGUUGAUGGACAUCUGUAUUUAAGAGUCACAGAUGUCCUUCUCUUUCAUAUACCUUCAAAGGCUUUAUACAUUUUGAAAUCACAUCUGUUUUGCAAUUGGAAAGAGUCUCAGCACAUAUAAGUAUUAUUGCAAUACUGAAAUCUUUAGUAAUGAAUGUUUUCCAAUUUUACCUUGUGAUAAAUACUUGUACAUUUUAGAAAAUAAGAUAGAUUAUAAUUGAUAUCAAUUAAUUUCAGGACACCGACAUCCUCUCCACAUGUAUCUGGAUAUUUUUGAAAGAGAAUGUUUUAUUAUGUUUUCAAAACAAUUGUUGUUCACACGUAGCAUUUUCAAAUAGUUUACACCUGUGCACAUGUAUCCAUUUUCCAAAAUUGCAUUUUUAAGGCCAAUCUGCAAAGAAAAAAUAUUGUUUUUAAAAAUAUCCAGAUACAGCUGAUGGAUGGGGCUUGAAUGUACAUAGGGAAUCUUUCCUUUUUUUUACAAAUUAUAAGAAUCAUAUCAGGAAUGGACUUUUGAUAACUUCACUGUUUAUGUAGUUUAUCCCCAAAGAGAACUAACAGUCAGAAAAGAUAAACUUUGAUAACAUUCUGUGGUGCAUAAACAUUGUAAUAAUGCAGUAAGUCAUUGUUUUUAUAUUUUAAAAUGUAUAUAUCUCAUUUUAGGCGUAGAUAGGUUUAUGAUAAAUAAUUACGCAUAUUAAAUAUUUUAAAUAAAUUCCUAGAAAAUACAAAACUUGAUUAACCUCUUUACCAACUGAAAUAACACUGAUUUGAUUUUGGAGUAGAAGACAGAUGACUUGAUAAUAUCAUAGAAUAUUACAGUCUACACAAGAAAGGGUACUUUGACUAGUUGCAUGAUUGGUCUUCCCUUAAAUACUAUUAAUUACCAAAUAAUAUCAAUCCUAUCAAUGUGAAUAAAUGCAAUCUAAUCAAA